GGCCGAGCAUCCAGAGCGAGACAUUUCUGCGACCCGGUGGAAGCGACGACGCACGCCGAAACAGCAGGCACGCGAGCUGCGUCUCGUUUCCCCGUUGCGGCGGCCGGAGGAGAGGAGGAGGACGAGAUGGCGGCGAGCCUCGAGGACGUGCCGUCAGUGGAGCUGAUGACGGAGCUGCUCCGCCGGUACAAGUGCAGCGCCAAGCCCGACAAGCGCAUCAUCCUCGUCGGUCCACCUGGCUCUGGAAAGGGAACACAGUCGCCCCUUAUUAAGGAUGAAUAUUGCUUGUGUCAUUUAGCCACUGGUGAUAUGCUGAGGGCUGCUGUUGCUGCUAAGACUCCUCUGGGGGUCAAGGCUAAAGAAGCUAUGAACAAGGGAGAGCUUGUUUCCGAUGACUUGGUUGUUGGGAUUAUUGAUGAAGCCAUGAAGAAACCUUCGUGCGAGAAGGGUUUUAUCCUUGACGGCUUUCCUAGAACUGUUGUUCAAGCACAAAAGCUUGAUGAAAUGCUGGCAAAGCAAGGUGCUAAGGUUGACAAGGUUCUGAACUUUGCAAUCGACGAUGCAAUAUUGGAAGAAAGAAUUACGGGCCGUUGGAUACACCCAUCGAGUGGUAGAUCUUACCAUACAAAAUUUGCUCCUCCUAAGACUCCUGGAGUUGACGAUGUUUCUGGAGAGCCCUUGAUUCAAAGGAAAGAUGACACAGCUGAGGUCUUGAAGUCCAGGCUUGAAGCCUUCCACAUGCAAACUGAACCUGUGAUCGACUACUACUCCAAGAAAGGCUUAGUGGCAAAUCUUCAUGCAGAGAAACCACCAAAGGAAGUGACUGCUGAGGUGCAGAAAGCCCUUUCAUGAAGUGUCUGUUCUUCCACUUUGAAAAUGACAUGUACCAAAACCCCUAUCUGGGUUCCCUAGAAGUUUUAAAUGGGCACCGGCAUUGUGCGGUUCCCGCUUUCCGUCUGCCAUUGUGCGUGGUGGCACCAUUUUAUUACAGCUCUUACAGGCUCGGGAAUUUGUCUGAAUAAUUUUGUUUGGAAUGAGAAGUCUUCCUUUUUUAACAACAGAGAUGAUAGCUAGAGCAUCUCAUCCUUAACGGGGAUUUGCCCUGCUACCUGAUUGUAACCUCGUGUUGACUCUUCUGUUUUGAUCGAUGCUCGAGUUCGCAAAAGUGAUACCCUGCUUUACCUU